GACCAAACCUACUAUACUAUGGUACAUAUUAAUUGACUACAAGGUUUUAAAAUAUCUUCGCCUCCCUAAAAGUCACAAUAAAUUACGAUUUAGGUUUAAGCGCAGAUUAGGUCAAUGAUGUUUAUAAUAUUUGGAUAGUUUCCCUUUAAUUGAGUGGGAGUUCCUGAAAACGAAAGUGAUCUACUUACUGUUUGUAAGAAAAGUUCAAUAGUUUACAAUAAACACAGUAGCUUAGUGAGGUAUCAAUCACUACACUCAAAAUAGAGUAUGGCUGACAUGCAGAAAUUAAUCGCUUACAUGGGUACAAUAACAGUAGACACUGUCUCAGUACCAACGUUUGUACCACCUCAAGGUAGAAAAUUAUCGUUAAUACAUUCAUUCCAGACCUCGAAAUUAGGUGAUGGAGUGAAAAUUAAAAGAGGUUGUUUUAUUCCUGGUGAUAGGUUACUCCUUGGUGAGUACGAUGAUGGAAAACUUUAUGUUUGUAAACUUGAUGGAUCCCAAACUAAACUGAUUAAUUUAGAUUAUAAACCAGAACGUAUGUCGUUGUAUGAUAACAACCGUGCGUUAGUAUCUGUACAUAAUGAAGGUAUCCAGAUUAUUGACCUGACUGCAUGUAAGCCUGGUAGGAAAAUUAAAGUUGAGGGAAUUUGUUAUGGAAUCACCAGUGUAAAUGAUACAAUCUGGACAAAUAAUAAAGCCAAAACGCUAACUCUAGUGGAUAUCAAUGGUAAAGUUCUGAAUACAAUACACACAACAUGCAAUCCGUGGGAUAUCUGUGCCAACAAAGAAGGUGAUAUCUACUGUACAGACAUUGAUAGUAAUAAAGUCUACGUCGUAACAUCGGACGGAACAGAACGUGAGAUAUACAGUAGUCCUCACCUGAUAGAUCCUUUUGGUGUGGCUGUAGACGACCUUGGUGAUGUAUAUGUAGCAGGGAGUGAAUCAGACACCAUUCAUAGGAUAUCUAGUGAUGGACGGAAAAGUGGUAUUGUCCUGACAGCAAACGAUGGUGUAAUUGAUCCGACCGGAUUAUCCUACAACAAUGAAACAAAAGAACUUUUUGUGAUCAACAAUUGUUCAUAUAUUAACAUUUAUAAAGCACAAGAACAAUGACUAAGGAACAUUGGCUUCUCAACUAGUAGUAUUAGCAUUGAUGAUUAGCAUCAAUAAGUGUCUAUAAUUUGGUAAUAUUUUCAUUUAAAUGGAUAUUCAAUAUAAGCGUAAUGAAACGUUUUCCAUUAAGAUUUAAA